AAGGGGAAAUGAUUGCCUUCUUGCUGUAGGCGAGUGUGUGUCUGUAUUGUCAGCUGACUGGCAGCAUCUCCAGUAGCCGUCACAACACCUUGUGCUCCCUGCUGACACCUAGCUAGCAGCUCUUAGUCGAGUCUCUGCCGUCGGACUGGGUUGGGUUAUGUUUCCCGGAGCCAGAACCGUACACGGAGGUUUGUGCACCACCAAGCCAUGGCGGCCGAAAUUCAGCCGCAGCCGCAAGCACGGAAGCCAUGUCUACUGAGCAAAAUCGAGGCUUUUCAAGAUAUUGUGAGCGCUGCGGUCAUCAUUCCCAAGGAAGACGGUGUUAUCAGCGUGUCUGAGGACAGGACGAUUCGGGUAUGGCUGAAGAGAGACAGUGGUCAGUACUGGCCCAGUGUCUAUCACACAAUGUCAUCGUUGUGCUCCUGUAUGUCCUUUAACCCAGAGACCAGGAGGCUGUCUGUGGGGAUGGAUACUGGAAGUAUCUGUGAGUUCAUCCUGUCAGAAGACUACAAUAAGAUGACCCCAGCACGGACCUACCAGGCCCAUCAGGGCAGAGUGACAGUAGUGUUGUUUGUGCUGGAGAUGGAGUGGCUUCUGAGCACCAGCCAGGACAAAAACUUCACCUGGCACUGCUCAGAGAGUGGCCAGCAGCUGGGGACGUAUCGCACUGCCGCAUGGGUUUCAGGACUACAGUUUGAUGUGGAGACCAGACAUGCCUUUGUAGGGGACCAGUCUGGUCAGGUGACCAUACUGAAGCUGGAGCAGGACAGCUGCAGCCUGGUCACCACCUUCAAGGGACACACCGGUAAUGUGAUGGCACUGUGUUGGGACCCAGUCCAGAGGGUGCUGUUCUCUGGCAGCUCUGACCACUCCAUUAUCAUGUGGGACAUCGGAGGGCGCAAAGGCACCGCCAUCGAACUGCAAGGACACAAUGAUAAGAUUCAGGGCUUGUGCUAUGCCUCACACACUCGUCAGCUCAUCUCCUGCAGCUCAGAUGGAAGCAUUGUGAUCUGGAACAUGGACGUGACGAGACAAGAGACCCCAGAGUGGUUGGACAGUGACUCCUGUCAGAAGUGUGAGCAGCCUUUCUUCUGGAACUUCAAACAGAUGUGGGACAGUAAGAAGAUUGGUCUACGACAGCAUCACUGCAGGAAGUGUGGCCAGGCAGUGUGUGGCAAAUGUUCGUCCAAACGCUCCACCAUCCCCCUCAUGGGCUUUGAGUUCGAGGUGCGUGUGUGUGACAGCUGCCACGAGUCCAUCACUGAUGAGGAUCGAGCGCCCACGGCCACCUUCCAUGACAGCAAGCACAGCAUUGUUUACAUGCACUAUGAGCCCACCACUGGAAAUCUGCUCACCUCUGGCACCGACAAGGUUAUCAAGCUAUGGGACAUGACUCCUGUGGUGUCCUGAGGUCUGUGGGUCACCAACAGUCAGCUUGAAGUUCCGUUCACCAAACUGUGAUGGUUUCACUGCGGCAGUCACACGCAGAAGAGAAAUCAAUGUCAUCUAGAUAAUAUUUAACAGUUACUCAACAACAAGCAGUGGCUGUUGCACGUCCACAAUGAGGACACUGCAGGCCAGUGAAGCCUGGGAACAGGAAGGCCUUGAUUGACACAAGGUCACAAGGUGGUUGUGGGUGUUUAUGUUAAGGAGCUGUCAGGCGGGGGAUCUCUUUAUGUAUAUGUGUAUGUCUGUAUCGUAUCUGAGUGUGUGGGAGGGGUUGAGGCACUUGACUUUGUGAUGAAUUGACAGACCUAAUUUACUUAAUUUCCAUGCAUUCCAGCCAUUUUCAUACUGGAGACUCACAAAACAUUAACCCUUAACACAUUUCUGCACAUGCCAGUGGGUUUUUUUUUUUAAAAGAUGUGAAGCACGUCAUGGAACUGGACCAUACUUGACCCAUAAACGUUGUAGUUUCCAUUCUGCAGGCUGUAGAUUCUCCACAAGAGGGAGACAUAUAAGCAUUUCUUUGCCCACCAACCUGCACCACCUACAGGAAAAGAAAGCAGCAACAGUUUAUGUUCAUGUUGAUGUUGCCUUCUACAUGUGGUGUAUGUUGAGUAAUAGCUGACCCUUGCACCACCUACAGGCAACAAGUUUCAUAUGUGCUCUUUCCUCUGUGUUAUAAUAUGAUUUAAAUUUGAAACUUGACCACCUGUUUUCUAAAUAACACGUAAAUAUGAUACAUCAGUAUCACAGUGAUUAUAAUUCAGCUUGUGGAUGUAGAACACCAUAAUAUUGGAGUCACCUGUUGAUAAAGUAUUUCUUAGGAGUAAACAACAAGUAUGUUAUGAGUAACAACCAAGUUUUAAUAUUUUCAGCACCAAAUGUGGUGACCCUAUAUUCUACUACUCUCUAAUUUUAUUUUUUGUCUAUUUACUUUUCAAUCUGUUGUUAUUAUUAUUAUUAUUAUUAUUGUUAAAAACUGAAAAUUUAAAUCUGUAAACAGACACAACACCAGCUAUGUAAAACUACAGUUGUAAUUCACUGCCUGCAGAUGGUGCUACUGUCACCACUGUAGAAAUUCUUGCAUUCUUGCCUGUAGGUGGCGCUCAUGAACAUAUCUGCAAUAUGUUGAGGGAUGCUUUCAGCUCUGAUGCCUUGUUUGCACAUAGCUUUGGAGACAUAUGUCAAACAGAAGUUCAUUUAUUCCUAUGGGAACUUCCAUGGUCUCUGAAGUGUUUAAAAACACACAUAAAAACAAAUUAGUAAACUAAUUUAAUGUAAUACAUUUUCCUCUAAGAGAAAAGUUUGAUGGCAUACAUUAAACACACUAAAACUGUUAGUAUAGCAUACUAACAUUAGUAGCAUGCUAGCUGUAUAACAUGUAGAGUGCAUGAAUAUGGUUCAUAUGUCUUUUCCACAAAUAUUUCACAAAACCAGCUACAUACUUGAUAGUUCAUCCUCAUCAUGCAUUAGUGGCCAGUUUUGUCUGUUAUUCAAGUAAUGUCCCAUGCACACAUUCCAUUAGACUGGAUAGUGAAAAAAACUGACAAAAUUCUUCUCUCCCAUGUCUGUGGUGUUUUUAUCUGCAAAGAAGUGCAUUUCCUUGUGUUGGACACUAGGGGGUGGACUCUGUACAUUAUACUGAUUAUGGAUAUAAUUUAAAACUGUGUGGAAAUGAGGCAUUAAAUGCUGUUACUUUUCUUAGUGGCAGACAUUGGACUUACUGCUUUUUGGAUGCUGGGUGAUCCUUGUUUCAUGUGCUUUACAUCACUCAUCCUGUGUGUUUCUGUGGUCAUCUUCAAGAGGCGAAGAAAUAAUUUACUGUAUGAAUAUGUAAAAUUUAUAUCACUACAUUUGACUGUAACAAUAGUACAAUCAAAUGUAGUACUCCAACCAUGUGACACAGAGGAAACUGUUCAUGAAGUCCAUGAAUGUUACCACAAAAGCCAUUCACAUGAGUCUCUAGAUGUAUGUACCCCAUAUCAGCCACCAAAAGAGAGGACUUUAGGGAAGCAGUUUUAAUUUACACAAUUCCUGAUCUUCUAGGUUUAUAUCGGAGGCUUGUGAAAGGUCAUAAAUGUUUGAAACUGAAGUUAUGUUUCUUCUGUAUUCACACUGGCCCAGGUGGGCACCACUUACAGUAUAAAGAUGAAUGACAUGUCUCCGUUUCCCCCCACUGCCCAAAAGUGAAGCCAGAAUAUACUGCGUAUGAGUGUGGCCAUCUUGUGCUGAUGACUUAAUUUGCAGCCUGAGUCUGUGCCGUAGUGAUCUGCCAGUAGUGCCGCUGUAUCACUUUCCUGACCAGACACCCAUCUGAUCCAGUCAGGAGCAGAGCUCAGCUGUCAAUCAUGAUCUUUCAGAAAAAUAAACACUUAAUACAUCAGUGAAUAAGAACUAUCCAAAAUGUCAGAAACCAUGUUUUAUGGGUUUAUGGGUUUAUGACCUAUACUGCAACCAGCCACAAGAGAGCGUUCAAGAUGUUUUGGCUUUACUUUUGGGGAGCUCUCAUGUCAUCCAUCGUUAUUUACAGUCAACAGUGUACACAUAUAGGUUCAAGCUAUGUGGAUAUCUACUGCUGGAGAGUUUGAGAAAAAGUGCAUAUGUGGCAAACCUCUUAGCCUCAUAAAGAUGGUGAAUGACUACAAACUUAGCAGGAAAAUACUGUCUGGAUCUACAGAACUUUAAAUUCUAGUAGAGGUUUUAAAGACACAAAAUAUGUUUGUCUGAAAUUUGAGGAAAUGCGCAUACGUUGAUCCUAUUCGAUUUAAAGGUAAUGAAUAAAAAAUAAUGUGAAUGUUACUGUUUUUCAUAUGGGACAUAUCUGUGACACUUUCAAACUGUGUGGCGAAAGGUUUUGUUCUCUCAGUUUAAAGAAAACCUCAUCAGUUUAAGAAGUAAUAUCAUUACAGAGGUCAUUGUAAAUACACACACAGUUUGCCUAAAUCCAUAGUACACCUAUGGCUUUGUAGGUUUUGUAAUCUGUAAAUUAACCAGAUUCAGACUGCUUGCUGAUCCUUGUGUGAUCUCUGUUGUCAGGUGUUUUAUGGGAUUAUUUAUUAUUCUGUGUUGUCUUCAUGUUUCUGACAUGCAAAUACUCAUAUCAUCGUCAAGCUAAUCAGUGGCAGCACACAUACAUGUAUCAGGACUGAAAGGAAACCAGUGAGCAUGGUUGCUUUGAUUCCCACCAUUACUGUUUUCUACUGUAUCCUGGCUUUUAAUGUCAGUGCACUGGACUCAGAAAUAUGUCACAAAUUGCUGCUGAAGAGAAAAUAUAAAUCUGUGAUUAUCUUGUUUGUGCUUUAAUGUUAACAGAUGGUAACUAAGUUGAAAUCCUCUAAGGUUCGAACCACAUUAAAUAUUUUCCAAAGAUGUUUGAUAAUUAGAUUAGGGAGAGAAAUGACAAAUUAUUGGCCUUGACUGUUCAUGUCUCUGCUUUCACAGCUCCACAUAAAGGAACAUUUAUUGCAACUCUUUACUCAUGAAUGUGAGCCUGUGGGUACUAACCCCUUAAAGGAACAUACCAGUGCUUUUCUGAGUAUUCAGCUACUUAUUAAUUAAUAAUGGACAUUUCGGGUCUUUUGCAGACCAGUUUCAAAUGGAUGGUUUUUGGGGUGUAUUUUUCCAAUAUUUCUCAGAAGCUGCAGAUUUCUAGGUAACUCAACGGUCAAGCUGUGGUUGCCGGGUUAAAAAAAAACAAAAACAGAAACCCGACACCUGUGUAUAUGAUUUAAAUUGGCAAAAAUGUGCAACCUUUUUGGAGUCCUUCAAGUAAAAAAAACAAGACAACACAGGAUAUAGAAAGCUAAAAAGAUAUAAACAAUACGGUAACUUUGGUUAAGGCCAAAGGUAAAUGACUUUUGUAUUCAAUUUUAUUCAUCUGAGGCCAGCGGCAUAUGUUUUUCUGUCACAGGAAAGAUAAGAGACGUUGUAUGUUUCAGUAUGUCCAUUAAUAUAACCAUGUAUGUAUAAAUGACAUUAAAAGAGAAGGUUUGCCUAUUUGACCAAUUGUG